AUGAGCCAAAAGGAGCCAAUGAUCAUCCAACCAGUACCUGAGCUACCCUGGAGCAAAGUUGGAAUGGACUUAUGCGAACUAGAGGGUAACAAUUACCUAAUCAUUGUAGACUACUUCUCCAACUUCAUUGAAGUAGCACCAUUGCAAAGAGACACUCGAACGAGCACCAUCUUAAAACUCAUCAAGCAAAACGUGGCUCGUUAUGGAAUCAUGGGCUCAAUCAUCUCGGACAACGGUCCACAGUUCACCAGUGCUGAAUUCCGAGAAUUCAUCGAAAAAUAUGGCAUCACCCAUAUUACGUCGUCGCCUUUGCACCAACAAACAAACGGCCUUGCUGAAAAGGCUGUACAAACCGUGAAAAAUCUAAUUAAAAAGUGUAGUGAAACAGGGGACGACAUCUACUUAGCCCUGUUAGAACUAAGAAACACGCCACGCGAUAACAAUGGAUCACCGAUGCAACGUUUGAUGGGUCGACGCGCAAAAACACUAAUACCUAUGAAACAAACAUUGCGACAACCAGAAACAACCAGUGAAAAUGUCGCACCGAAGUUGUUAGAAUUUCGUGAAAAGCAAAAAUUCUACUACGACCAACACGCGAAGAGCAGGGACAAUCUUCAGCCAGGGGACGAAGUAAGACUUAAAACCCCAUCUGGCUGGAAACCGGCAGAGUAUGUAAAACCGUCCGAAUACCCGCGAUCACAUAUCGUUAAGGCAGGCAAAUCGGGGCGCGAAUAUCGCCGAAACACGGACAUGCUAAUGUAA